AUGUCUGGGAUAUCGCUAAGUUUGCGGGACAAGACAAAGCAGAAAAGGAAGGUUCAUGGGAAGAAAAAGAGGAACGCACUUCCCGGUGAGCACGAUGACGAUGAUCAACUAAAUAAUAAGAGGACAAAAAUUCAUAUCGAAGAGGUUGGUGCUUAUGAAGAAUCGAAGAAAAUAGUAAAGGUGAUUGUUCCUGUUGCUCCGGCUAUUUCAAGACGUAUUGAUAUGGAUGGUGGUGAUGGUGGUGGAAAGUUAGCAUACGGGUUAAAUAUUAAUAAUGAUACGAGCUUGAGUGCAGGUGCAAGGACACCGAGGCUUGGAUUUAGAGCGGAUCAGGGCAAUUUUGAUGAUUUACCUGAAGCCACAGGGCAGGAGGAAUAUGAUGAAGUGCCGGUGAAAGAGUUUGGUGAUGCAUUGCUUCGUGGUAUGGGCUGGGAUGGAACCGAUGACAAGGACAAUAAUGGUGGUUACAACAAAAAGCGAUCAUUAUUGCCGCACGAACAAGUUGGGCGUCCAGAAUUCUUGGGUAUCGGUGUAAAACCCGGGUCGAUAAAGGAUAGAGAGCGGUUGGUACAUAAUAUAGACGAAUUCAUGCCGUUGGUUAAAGAUGAGCGAGAAGCUAAUGAUAAAGGGCACAGGCACCCAAAAUAA